GUUUUCUUUUCGACAUUUAAAGCUAAGCAAGAGAUUGGCGUAAAUAAAGGAUAUGUAACUGAAGAAUAUGUCGCGUUGAUGUAUGGAUUGAUGUAACUCGUUGAAGUUUCCCUAGAUAAACGCAUCAAAGCCUCAUACAGGUGGAUAGGGACUGUGCUCCAAAGAAGUGUCCACUACCUACAGACAAUUUUUCACAGACUUGACAUGGGUGACAAGGAGAGGCAAAAACAAACCAAGCAAGUUUUAGAGAAGCUGAGUAUAUUGAGUAAAAAGGCAGAUUCGGUGAUACUGUCACUCUACAACGAAAUGGACGUUGCUGUGGAAGAUAUUUGCCAUCAGGUAAGAAAUUAUUUACAUACUACACAAGCCAAAACAAAGUUAACAACAAAAUGGGGAGAAAAGGAGGGAGAGUUGCCUGACUUGAACUCUGCCUCAGGGACAUGGUCUUGGAUAAAACGGCAUAUCGAUACAGCCUUUGAUGAUCGUCUGACGGACCUGCUUGAGGAAUGGGACGAACAAACACAAUUUAUUCCGUUGCUUGAGAAAAAAUUAUCACGUGAAGCUAAACUCAACUUGUGUGAACUGGAAAGCGAUCUUGCUGCUGUUGAAUAUGGUGUGCAACAUAAAGAUAAUAUAAAUUUAUAUAGAGCUCCAAGUAUUACUUUACUUUCCGGUUUAUGCCAAUCAUUAGAAAAUUUGACAGAAGAGGAUCUCCUGGAUAGAGAUGUACCUAAGAAACUUAGACACAGGUUAAAAUUAUUCAUGACUAAAGCAAUCCGGAAAAGGCACGAUGAAACGAAACUCAAAGAAUAUAAACAUAAUCCUGGUAAAGUUGCUCAAAUCCGGUCAGAGAAACUGCAUGAUUCAUUGAUGAAAAACAAAGAUGACCGACUGGAAAUGUUUGUCAUAGAUUUUCUUCAAAGACCAUACAACUACAUUAAAAGACUUGAAAAUAAAAUUCCAGGACUGAUUAGUUCAAACAAGACGCUUCUUGAAAGAUUUGAGAAUGAAUUUUUGGCCGAACAAAAAUACAGAGCCCAGUACGAAAACAUGUUGAUCAGCAUAGAAAGAAUUCGAAGUGAUUUGAUACAUUAUGGUGAACAUAACUUUUCUGUAAGUGACUUUGAGGAAAAAGACGUAAAAAUGCAUGUCCAACUUCCCCAGGGUGAACCAGCAUGCAAAGGUAUGAUAAGGAGGCCUUCUAUGGCAGUAUUGAUGAAAAACGCAUCUGUCAUGCAAAAAGACAACAAUUCAGAGAUACCGCAUGGGUUAUGGCACUUGGUACAUUUGGGAGAAAUAACUAAAGGCAGUGAAACACAAUACGUUGCUGUCAAGAUGUAUUCAACUAAUGCAGCAGUUAAAAAUAUUCCAAUCGAAAUAGCAAAAUUAAGAUGUUUGAUGCACUCCGACGUGUGUAUAGCAGAAUUUCUAGGAGAGUUCCACCAACGAGAUGCACCUACUCCGGCACUUAUAUUCGCUGGAAAACUGUGCUCCCUUCGUACAUGCAUGGACUCAUCUGAAGUUAAUACUAAGAAAACUCUUCAAGAUGUUCUUGCCGGUCUACAGUAUCUUCAUUCCAAAGGUUUGGUUCAUAUGGAUCUGACCAAAGACACCGUUACUGUAUCGGAGAAAGGAGAAGUAAAGAUGACAGGGUGUUGUUUGCCAAGAAAACCAGUAUUGCCUAAGUCAGAGUUCGAAAGAGUUACUCCUGGAUGGGAAUAUCUUGCACCUGAAGUUCUAUGCGGUCAAAUGUAUGUUGCAUGUGCAGAUAUGUACUCAUUUGCUCUAUUCACCCUGGAAGUAGCGAAUAGUCGAUUUAAAGUAUUUUCCGAUGUACCAAGAGAUUCUAUCAAAAACUUUUUGGAGUUAUCAGCAAGAAAACAUCUGGAACCAGUCGUCCAAAAUUUAAAUUUGGCUCAGUUAGUGAUUGAGAAAAUAUUGCUAUGUCUUGAAAGAGAUAUGUCAAAAAGACCGGAUUCCUCGAGCAUGGGAGCAGAGUUCAGAGGGAAACACACCCAGUCCAAAAAGAGUGUAGCCACACCAAAAUCAAUCUUUGCAAGACGUUAUUCAGCUUCAGCAAAGAAGAAAUAACCCAGCUAUAAAUGGUGAACUUAUUAUGUAAAGAAGCAAUCAAUUACAUACUGUUUUUUGAGAGAUUAAUUAGAUUCUUGUUUUGGUGUUCAUGCAGAAGAAAUUGUUAGAUACCCGAUACUUGUUUUGAUGUACAUAAUAAGUGAAGAAGUAAGUAAUAAGUUACAUGUGACUGAGUACUUAAUAAACGAAAAUGAAAUUAAUUAGAUACCAAUUAUAAUAUGCGAAACAAAUGCAUAAGACAUAAAUUAGAAAUUAUGGUGUACUCAAUGAGUGAAAAAGGAUGUAAGAAAAAAUUUAAAUAAGAAAUUUAUUUUGGUUUACAAAAUAAUUGAAGACAAUAUUUGAUUCAUUUAGCAAAGACCAU